AUGUCAUCCUUCUCACUUCCACCACAAAAUAUUGAGAUGGUUCAAUUAGAACCAGACCUUCAACCCCAACAGUCAACAGAUUCAAGUUCCUCAUUUAGCAACGCGCAAUUAAUUCAUUUUGAUUUAUACGCCAUGUCACAAUUCAUAACUAAAUCAACAGAACUCAAACUCAACUCCAAUAAAAGAAGAAAGCUAAACCCAUCAGAAGCUAACUCUGUAGAUGAACAACUACUGGAAAGUAUCUCGCUUGUGCAUCGACAUAUUAAAUUCCAAGAUAUUUCGCCUGUCCCAAUCUACGGAAAGUUCUUAAAUUGCCUCACACCAACCACUUCUUCUUCCUCCUCCACCUCCAGUUCCACCUACUACGAAUUUGAAUCAAGUGAUGUAUUUUUCAAAAUCACCGAUGGGUUAUUAUAUAUCAAGAACAAACAGAUUGCAAAAUCACGCUCGAGGAUAUUAUUCAGUAUGACCAUGUCUCAAGAUAUUUCCGAUGAAGUCUAUUUAUUAAAUCUUCAACGACAACAACAGCUCAAGAGUGGGAUAUUGGUUGAUAUACCACCGAGGUUGAAAUUAGGUUUCGAUACUGCAAAUAGUAAAAUCGAGGUGGAGAUUGAAUAUAGGAUUGGGUAUGUUUGUGAUUUAUACCUGAGUGGGAAAUAUGAUGUUUUGGUUAGGAUUAAUAAUUUGUUGAAGGAGAAGAUUGUGCCAUUUCCAACUAAGAAUGAGGUGAUGAUAUAUGGGGUAGUGGAGGAUGAUGAGGAAGAAAUUAGUCCUAGUUUGUUUUAUAGAUGUAUUUCGGAGAAUACGGCGUUGAUGCCGAAAUAUGAGGAAUCGUUUGAUAUACCGGAAUUAGAAACUAAUUUAUUACGAUUUCAAAAAAAGACCGUGAAUUGGUUAUUAGGAAUGGAGAAUGUUAAGCUUAAUAAAGAAACCAAUCGUACAGAACCAGUACCAUUCUUAUCUGAUUUAGAUCUCCAAUUACUCAAUUCCGAACCCACGGAAAAGGAAGAACAAGAUGAACUAUUAUACAAACUCCUAAAUCAACAUUGUUUUGGUUGGAAACGGGUAAUAAUCGACAACAAACUAUAUUUCUACAACCAUCUCACUUCACAAACCCUUCUGCGUCCACAAGCGAUAGAAUAUAUCCUAUCAUAUCACAACGACGCUGACAAGAACACUUAUCCACCCGUCCUCCCUGCCCAAGGACUCCUAUGUGAAGAAAUGGGUCUCGGAAAGACCGUCGAAAUCACAACUUUGAUCCUAUUGAACCAAAGACCAAUCCUGGAAAUCAAUGAACCAGUCAAGAUUCAAUUGAACUCAUUUGGGGAUAUGAAAACGAUCGUGAAAGCAAAAACAACUUUAGUGAUUGCUCCUGAAUCGAUAUUGAAACAAUGGGUGAAAGAAAUUGUUCAUUUGGCUCCUAGUUUGGCGGUGACUGUAUAUGCUGGAGUAAAUGGAUAUCCGAAAUUAGAAAAUAAACCAGCAUUAAUUGCAGAAUAUUUACGGAAAUUUGAUGUGGUUUUUACGACAUAUGCUACGAUUUCGAAGGAGUUGGAUUAUGCCAAGUAUUCUUCAACCAAUAAGAAGACAAGAAUGGGGAGAAAGAAACAAAGAGUGAAUUAUGCGACUAUUGAUACGGGUGACGAUGAAGAUGGAGAGGAUGAACAAGAAGAGAGGUCAGUAGCAGAUACUAGAGAUGAACAAGAAGCGUUAUUAGAAGACUAUAAAUCCCUUUUCCAACUUACAAUGACCCAUUCAAAACCUUCAGGAAAGGCAAAUAUAAGAUCCACCAAUACCCAAACCGAAACCGACUACGAAAAAGCCCUUCAAGAUGAAAUCCAUCUCGCUAUCAAACACAACCGUGUCCCAGAAAUUUAUCGUACAGUAGAUUAUGAAUCUCCAUUAAUGCUAACACAAUUCUGGCGAGUUGUUCUCGAUGAAGUCCAAAUGGUUUCUUCCACCUAUUCACGAGCAUUCCAAUCAGCAGCUCUUAUCCCCCGAUUUCACGCUUGGGGUGUAAGUGGAACCCCCAUCAAAAAGGAUUUGCGGGAUUUGUUAUCCACAUUACAAUUCUUGAAAUAUCUCCCAUUUAUGGGUGAAAUGGGGUCAAAUAUCUGGGAUAAAUUGACCACAGAAGAUUUCGUGAGAUUAUGGACCAAGAUUUCAAUACGACAUACGAAAGCAAUGGUGCAUGAUGAUAUUCAACUUCCUCCACAACAACGAAUAUUAUUAACGAUUCCGUUUACGCCUAUUGAACAAGAUUUUUAUAAUCAAAGGUUUGAAGAAUGUUUGGCGGCUAUUUGUUUGGAUGUGAAUGGAAAUCCGAUUUCACUGGAUUGGGAGCCGCUGGGAUUGGUGUUAUCAUAUAUGAGAACUUGGCUUUCUCGAUUAAGGCAGAUUUGUUGUUCGCCGCAAAUUGGAGUGUUGAAUGUGGGAUCGAAGAAGUAUCGAAAGACGAAUAUUAGUGGUUUACGUGGAUUGGGAGAAAUUGGUGGGAGCGGUGGAGGAUUGUUGAGAUUACAAACUUUAGAGAAUUUGUUAAAUGAUAUGUUGAAUAAUGCAUAUAAUGACAUUACAUUUAUUGAAAAGUCGUUGAUUGAAUUAUAUGUUGAUGUAGGUGAGUUUUUGGAAUAUGUGUAUUGGCCGGAAAUGGCUUUGAAGUUUUUGGAAAUUGGUGCUGGCGAGACAAGGAAGAUUAUAUAUCGGACUGAAUUGAUUUUAGCGGAAUAUAUAAGGGAGUAUAAACAAAAGCGAUCUGAAUGGAAAAAGCAGCAUGACAAACAGGACGGAAGCACGGUUGACGAUGAAGACGAAGAAGAGGACGAUGAGAUCGGAAGUCUUCAAUCGGAUGAUCAUAAAUCGCGUAAACCAAAAGAUGAAUCACUUGCGAAACUUGAAGAUACAAUCCAAUCCACCCGAUUGAAACUUAGGAAUUGGAAUGUUCUAUUGCAUAAAUUUUAUUUCUUGUUAGCAUCCUCAUAUUUCCAAACCUAUGAUCCGGAGUUCCAGACAUUGAUAAAGGAACAUAAAUGUGAUUUUAAUAUUCCAGAACAGAUGCAUAAAUGGUUUGACCUAUCGGCUGAAUCAGCCCGUGCGAACGAAUUGGCAAGUUUGGUUAAUCAAGUCCCUGUUGAGAAAUUUAUAUUGANGCCCGCGCGAACGAAUUGGCAAAGUCAGGAACCAAAUGAAAGAAUUGCCAGGACUAAAUGGUAUGAACUGAGAUAUUAUGAAUUGGCAGAACGGACAAGAGGAGAUAUUUUGAAAUUGUCGAUCAUGAAUGUUGAAAAGCUAAUCAAAGCUAGAAUAACUAAUCGAGAAUCAACCACUGAUUAUCUCGACGAUGGUACGAUAUUACUUCCAAAGAAUUCUAAGAAGUUAUUUAAAUCAAUUCCUGUCAUGGAUGCGUCUGGUUUUGGUAAUUAUAUUGUCUCAUUCAAGGUUGAAAUAUUUGUCAAUAAAGUAGCAUCGCUCCUAUCCCAACUCAACAACCAGGCAGAAGUCAUAAAUCAGUGGAUGUCAGAACUUCUCACCCUUCUUUCGUCCCCAGUCUUAUCCCAAGAUAAAAAUCCGCAGGGAAACGAAUAUGAAUCCACUAUCGCUGACCAAGACCGAAUCUCGAGCUAUUUAUACAUCCUUACGAAGACCCUUGGGGACCGGAGUGAAUUUAUCACAGGAACUGAGAAUUCGAUAAAUAUAAUCGGAGUCAGGCGGGCUCAAGAGAAACGUGAACAGGAAUUGGAAUUGCUGAAGUUGAAUGAUGUGGGAUUUUUAACUGAAUUGGGGAAGAAACGUGAUGAAAUUAAACCAGCGGUGAACUGUUCGUUGCAGGAAUUGGUUGUGAGUAUAAAUACCCUUCAAGAAGACGGAGAAGAGCUGUUACUGGGAGUACAAAUACAAUUAGUGAAGGAUAUGACCGAUAGAUUGGGCGUGUUGUUGGAUAAUCAACGGUUGGCGAUUGUUUUGAUGCAAAGAGAACUAAAUUUGAAUUGUAAUGCUGUUUUUAAUUGUAGGAUUGAUUAUUAUAAAAGAUUACAACAGAUUAGUGAUACUGUUAAACCAGCUAGUUUUAAUUUCAGUCGAGACCGAUUGGAUAAAUCAUUGUUGAUGAUUAAAAUUGGGGAGUAUUAUUCGAAACAAGUUAGUUUGAAACAGAGGAUAGAUAAAUCGAUUGCCAAGUUUAGAUAUUUGACCACUUUGGUUGAUAAAUCGACUCAACAUAAUCACAAGCAGGCUGAAGAAGAGGAAGAGGACUUGAUUUGUAUUAUUUGUCGAUCAACAAUCACAAUUGGUUCGUUAACACAAUGUGGACAUAAAUAUUGUAAAGAAUGUUUGGAACACUGGUUACGGAAUCGUCAUUCAUGUCCCAUGUGUAAGUCGUUGAUAACCACAUCUACAGUUUAUAAUUUCACCCAUUAUAAACCUGACCUCAAAGCAAAACAAGUGGAUGAUUCAUUAGCUAUACCAACAGACCAAGAUGAAUUACAUUCGAUAUAUAAGGCCCUACCUGACAAAGAUAUUGAACAAAUUCAAGAAAUCAAUUUGAAAUCCUCAUAUAGUUCCAAAGUCGACAUGAUUGUUAAGCAAGUGAUAUAUCUCAAGAGUCGCGAUCCCGAUGUUCAAAUUGUCAUAUUUAGUCAAUGGCAAGAUAUGUUGUAUAUCUUAGGGUGUGCUUUCAAAGCCAUGGAUAUUUCAUUCAUUGGAUCAUAUGGAACCCUAACUCCGGAAAUCGGUGCCGGCAGAAGAGUGAAGAAAUUAGAUUCGGUGGAAACUUUUAAAGAUCCCAAGAAUAAAAUCACUUGCUUCUUGUUGAAUGCAAAAGCACAGGCUGCUGGUUUGACUUUGAUUAAUGCAACUCAUAUUUUCUUGUGUGAACCGUUAGUGAAUACUAGUUUGGAAUUACAAGCUAUAUCGAGAAUUCAUCGGAUUGGACAAACGAAACCAACAACCGUGUGGAUGUUUGCUAUUGAGAAUACUGUAGAAGAGAGUAUUAUUAUAAUGUCAACCAGAAAGAGGUUGAAAUACAUUCGAGAACAAAAACGUAGUGGUGAUAGAAUGACACCUGUUUCGGAGCGUGAAGAGUCAGCAACACCUCAAGCGCUGGCGUCUAGAGGAACAGCAUCAUUGAUUGCAAAUGCUAGAGAGAAGGAUUUGAGUAAGGCUGAUUCAUUGACGUUGAUGAAUGCAGGAGGGACAGAUACGUUGGUUAAUAAAGGGAUGACACAAGGAGAAUCAGUGACUAACUUCGAUUUAUGGGACGCGUUUUUUAGUGCAAAACUACAAUCACAUAACCCAAUGAUUGAUGAAGAGACGGAGUAG